CUAAAAGGUGCAACGGGUGCAACUGCACUGACGAAUUAAAUUAUCAAAUGAAUUGAAUAUUUUAUUAUUGUUCUCGUCGUUGUUUCCGGUUCAUCAUCAUGUUUUAUCACUAUUGUCCGCGCACAGUUUUGUUUUUUUCGCUUUUUCCUCUGUAAUUUCCAUGUGCCAGUACAGUUCACCUUUUCACCAUGUCCUGUGAGGGAGUCAUAACACCUCCAAUGACUCCUCCUAAAAGCCACCAUUCUAAUGAUGAUUCCUUCAUGAAAUCUGCGGAGGCCUUCUCCCCUGAAAUAAAAGACCAGGAAGAACAAGGGUUUGUUUGUCAAGGGAGAGUAGACCAAGAUUACGCAUCUUUAGCAUCUUCACUCAUCCAGAGCAAGUCUGGUGAUCUCAGUCUUUUUCUUCAUGGUCUGAAUGCUGCAGCUAAGCCUCCUGAACAGAACUCUGUUGUUAAAAUUCAACUGUUUGGACGGUGGUUUGAUAGAGGCAGUGCUCUUAUUGAGCGAACAGAUUACUUAUUCCAGAAUGUCAGGAAAAUACUUCUGGAACUAGACCGAACAGCCCAUCCUCAUAAAUCUGCAGGAAUUUUGAACAAUGGUGAAGAAAGGUAUCGGCGCUACCGCAUCAAAGAGCGUAAAUUCAGAAUUACAACCAGUAUAAAGAAAGUGCUGGAUUAUGCAGCCCUACGUAAAGAGAUCAUUGAAUUCUGUUUGUAUGUCCGAAAUUACAUUCUGAGGCUUCAUCGCUAUGCCGAAGGGUCCGAAAUAAUCAGUGAAUUGGUUUCUAGUCUUGUCAAACACAUUUCUUCACUUCAUCAUAUUUUAGAUUUUCUCAGCCCGCAUCCGGGAUAUGUUUUUGAAGGAGCCUCCUCAAAAAAUACGGAUCUACUGAAUGAACAUCACUUAUGUCAUCUUCAGUUAGAUUUGCAGUGGCUCUUAAUCACAAUUGUGUACGUUAUUGUGAUUUUGGAAGAAGAAUUGCUAGCAAAUGCACAAACAGAACAACCUCACCAGCAUUCAAGUUCUCCCCAAAUGGCUGCCUCUCCAAAGACAUCAGAGAUAAAAGAUAAUGAAGAAAUCAGCUUGGAACUCCUAGAUCGAAUCAUUGACCGCCUUUUAAGGGAACUAAUUCAACUCUCUGCUACCAAAUUCAGAAACAUCAAGGAUAGUCUAUUGAGUGCGGCUCCAUUUAGUUGUAGCUGCAUUUUUCAUCUAUGGAUUCUCCUGUACCCUGUCAUAACAGUCGUGCAUAAAAAGUUUAAAGUGAAGUCUUUUUGGGACCGCAUCAACGAAAUAUUCAGCAGAAUGUUGGAGUUGCACCGACCAAAGAGUGCUAAUGAAAGCACUGUUGCAGCGGCCAAUUUGAAGACUUUCAAUGAGUCAUCUUUACCUGUUUUAGAUGAAUGGAUGAAUUUCUAUCCGUACAUAUUUUGGAUGCUUCUCCAUAUCACCAAAGCACAGUAUGCCUCCAAUUUAUCUGAAUUCAAAGUAGAAAGUAACUAUCCACUUCUAGAGAAGAUCUUAACGGGCUCUUUGGAGGAAGGAAAUGUCAGGCCUUCUCAGCUAAGAGAGUGUCUAGCCAUAACAGAAAUUUUAACCACUGAGUAUUGGGAGCCAAAUUCAAGCGCUGUUCUCAUUUUGUGGGAUUAUUUUCACCGGACGAUUGAUCAAGGCAUGUUCCUAAUCCAAGGGGAGCAGCUUCAAAAUCAGUGGAUACUCAGUGAAAGUGCUUUAUCAUUCCUGAAUCAAAUUCAAGCAUUUAUUGAACCUGGCUCAUGUAUAGAUUCAGCCAAACUGACCAUUUACAAACAGUUUUUGCGUAUUCUUGCCGCCCAUCUGAGAAGGUGUAAAGAUACUCCUCGUGUUUGGAAUCAAAUCAAAAGUCGAAUUUUCUCCAAGUUCUCAGCAAGGAAAAUUAGUAACCUCACUGAACCAGGGUUGAUGAAUUUCUUUGCAUUAUUUCUCACUUUAGCUAUCGCAGGAGACGCUGAAGAAGUGUGCAAGGUCACCAGUAGCCUAAUUGGAGAGGUAGAAAUUGACAGAAGAAUGACUAACAGGAGGAAAGUUUUAUGGAAAGGGUAUCUGGCGAUGGCAUUGUUGACCCUAGAAAAGCAGAAGAAAGUAGAAUCAUUGGUCGGGCCAAUGAUUCAAAUGAUCAAUGCAGACCUAGCUGUCACCGAUAGUGAAAGGAUGCUGUCUAUUUUCUUUGAGGCAUUUCAAGAAAUGCUCAUUGCGCCUUGUGGUCUACAAUUUGGCCAGCUAUCAUUCAUCGAUGCUUGGGUUGAAAAAUGCAUUACGUCUUCUUCAGAGGUUGAGAAAAACAACCUGUUAAGCAUUUGCUUUUCUGUUCUUUGCUUUUUGAAUGCUGAGUUGUCUAAAGGCGUUUUCAAAAUUGAUUCUGGAGAAGCAAAAAAAGAUGUUUGGCAGUUGCAAGUGAAACUUUGGUCUCAUUUGAUUCCGCACUUGAAGCAACUGAGCUGUAGACCAUAUAGUGAAAUUACUCCUCAAAUCGCUGGUGAAUUAUUAGCUGCUUUCAUCAAUUUUAGUCUAAUGAUUGGCCUGAAUGAAGUUCGAACAGAGAAAGUCAAAGCCCUUUUCAAGCAUUUAUUGUGCUCAGAGAGUGUUCAAAUUGGUGUCAUGAAAGGUUAUUUGAAAGAGCUGAUUAAGCACGAUAAUGCCCUGAGGACUCUGAACACCCCUCAAAUAUUUGUCCAGGCAUGGCUCAAGUGUUCUUUUUUACAUGAAGAAAGGGUAUCCACAGAGCUCUCUGAUGUAGCUGAAUAUAUUCGGCUGCAUCUCCCAAACAACCGACUCUUCCGAAGCUUAACUCUCUCCAAAGGAGAUAUUUUCAUUGAUUUCAUCAAAGCACUUCGGUCGGAGUUCAACCUUUGUGCGGAUCCUCUAGAAAGAAAGAAGUUCUGUAAUGAAGCAGCCUUCUACUUCGGAAAUUUGGAAAAAUGGUCAUCUCAGGUCUUGAAAAAUUUAACCUCUCAAAAUGAAGUGCUCCGCAUCCAUGAGAGAGCUGGGUUCUUAGUCUCAGAAGCAGGUGCUAUCUUCUAUGCUCAGUCAGGGACCAAAACCUUGCUUCAUCGACUUCUGGAAAUUUUUUUACUGCCCCCACAAGUGCGUGACCCAGCUUACGAUCUUCACCCAUUUGUUGCGAAGGGACUGCAUCAUAAUUUGAAUCUGUUCAUUCAAGGAUUGGUAAGAUUAGGUGCCCCUAACGACUUGUACCUAUUUAGUGCAAUCAAGGACUCUCUGAGCUUAUUGAUGCCACGUUUAAUACGAAAAUCAGGUGCAUUGAACGAAACGUGUACCACGUUUUCACUCCUGAAAUGUUUCACCGAAUGCUUAAAUAAUGUUGCUCCACAAGAGGACUGCUGUAUCAUCAUAUUUCAAAUUGUUGUUGAAAGACUCAUAAAGAAACGUUGUCGUAAAAACGAGCCUAAUCACACACUUCAAGCUAUAGCAUUUAUCGCAGAUGUGGCCUCUAUCAACAGGAAUCGGGCUCAUACGGUACAGUGCAUUAUUGACUGUUGUCUUGAGUCUAUUGCGAGCGUUGCCAUGUUCUAUGACAAAGGAGACCCGUGCCAAAAAAACGCAGAGCGCUUGAUCAAUGGGAUUCUCACUAUCCAUAUCGUCUCAACUGAUCCCAAUAUAAGGUCGAGCGCCAUGAAUUUAUUCUCUAAGCUUUGCAGAGACCACUUAGCUUUCUACAGUCUCAAGCUGUUCGAUCUGUUUGCAAUGAUCGCUGGUAGAGUGCCCACAUUGCUCAAUCACUUCCUUCCGCAACUCAUUCAACAUGUUGAAACAGUUGAGAAAAAACGAGGUGUCACUUAUGAUAGCUCUCUCAGAGAUAAAGGAAUCAAACGUAUAGAGCAAAUUUUAUCAGGUGGCUGAAACAAGUUUUGAUGGCAUGAAAACCGUCAUUAUGUUACCAUGGCAAAUUGUUGCAAUUACUACAAUUUUUUACCUUGCUAUGUGAUGAUCAUUAAAGCUUGGGUAGUAUUUUACAACUCUUGGGGUAUUUCCCACUGGAUACACCUACAACUUUCAUUGUGGUAAAGUCUCAUAUCAGCUUAAGGAGUAAUUACUUAACUCUAAUGAAUUGUUUGAAUGUUAGUAGAAAAGAUAACAUCAUUUUGUUGGAGCAAUAAAAUCAAGUUACCUAGCUAUUUAUGUUGGUUUUCAAGUACAAAUUAAGUGUAAUGCUAACUUAUGUUAAAAGGUUCUGAUUUCCUAGGAAUUUUUUAGUCACCUGGAACCUUAAAUGAUUUGUCUUCAAUUUGUCUCUAAAUCUCUAGUAAUAUUUUGUGCUUGUGCUCAAAAUGCGAAGCACAUGCGAGAAUGUUAGGAAAUUGUUUGAAGCUUUUAGAAUACUCACAUUUGAUUUUGUGUUGGGCCAUUUUUGUCAAUUUUCAAAGCAAUGUUGGGAUUUAUUUCUGAUGGUGUCAGAUACAAAUGAAUAAUCUAGUGAGAAGAAAUUUCUCGAUCACUGAUGUCAACCAAGCUCAGCAGUCAUAAUAGGAGAAGCUGGAAAAAGUAGGAGCCGCAAAAGGUUCGGAGUAGUCGGGGGCUUAGGGUUUUUAACUGACCAUACUACAAUUAAUGAUCCUGAAAUAUCUGGAACAAUAACUUGAACAACUAAUUUAGAAUAAUAGCUUUAAGAGGAGUUAUUGGGAUUCUCUGAGAAACUAGUCUUCAACGUUGAUAGCUCUUGUUCUGAUUUCAUUGCUGAUGCUUGAAAUUGGAUUUCAGGAGGUGAUACUGCGUGAUUUUAAAGUGUGGCUGGUAGUUGUAAUGUUGAUAGUUCUUCAGAUAAGGCAUGCUGAAUAAGUCUUUUAUUUUGAGAAUUCUUGGCCUGUUCAAAUCAUUUGAAGACUGACUUUCUUUGAUUUAUUUCUGGUGAUUGUUUUAUUUUUCCAACCAGUUACCAAAGUGCCAGAAAAAUCGGAUGAUUUGUCAUGCUUUAGGUGUCGUUCAUUUCGUCAGACAUUUGAUCUGUCCAGUUUUUGUAUGACUAAGGAACCUUGUUCCUCAAGUGUAACAGAUGGGGUCUAUUGCUUUUGUUUUUUGGUUUCCACAAGAACAAUGUCACCAGGUUCCUUUAUUUCUGUUUUGUUGUAAACAGAUCAGCUGUCUCUUGGUUCUUUAAUGUUUUUUUUAUUAUUCAUAUGAAUGGCCACACAUCUAAAAGCAUAGGAACAGGACAGAAACAGAAAACUUUAAAACACAUUUUACCAAAUAUAUUUUAUCGUCAAAAACUGUAGUACCUAAGUAUAGCUAUAGUACCUUCACUUUUCAAUUUUACAAACAUUUCACUUCUAAGUAAUAUUGCAAAUAAUUUCACAUUUAAUUUUACAA